AUGGCUCUUGUAGAAUAUGAUUUCAUCGUUCGAAAUAUUCCAUCGAAUCCUGAUGGAUAUCCUAGAUCUGUAAUUAUCAUACAUCAUGCUAAUUCAUCAUGGGAUGUCGAUCGACCAUUUCCGGGCCCUCUUAUUCGAGCAAAAUUUGGUGAUCAACUUCGUAUUCAUAUUACGAAUAUGCUACGUGAUCAAUCAACAGCUAUUCAUUUUCAUGGUCUUCAUAUGAUUAAUAAUCCAUGGGCUGAUGGUACAGCACAUAUUACUCAAUGUCCUAUUAGUCCAUAUGAAAAAUUCACCUAUGAAUUUAAUAUAACACAAACAGGAACAUUUUGGUAUCAUUCACAUAAUGCUCAACAAUAUGCGGAUGGAUUAUUAGGUCCAAUUAUACUUGAUCAUGAUUCUAUUGAACAACGAUAUGAUUAUGGAUCGAAUGAUUAUGUUAUUAUAUUACAAGAAUGGUAUCACGAAACAUGGUCUGAUCUUAUGACUGCAUAUCAAGGUCCGUAUGGUGCCUAUCGAGGUAGUAUACCUGUUUAUCCAUGGCCACCUACUUCUUUCUUGAUUAAUGGACAUGGUAGAUUUGAUUGCAGUACAUUAAAUUGUUCUGACAACCAUACCUUGAAAGAUUCUUGUGGUUUUGUACAUCAUGUUCAAUGUAUACCACUUCGAUCACCUUUUUUUGGUCCUUGUAAUCCAAAUGCACAUCCUGUCGACGAAUUUCUAUGUUCACAUGGAAAACAAAUACGUUUAAGAUUAAUUAAUGCUGCUAGUGGUAUUCCAUUUCAUUUUUGGAUUGAUCAACAUAAUCUUACUAUUGUUGCUCGAGACAGUAUUGAGAUUGAACCCAUUACUGUUUCUUCUGUACAUAUUCCUAUUGGGCAACGACUUGAUUUAAUUAUUGAUUGUAAUCAAGAUCCAAAUGUAAAAUAUACUAUAUAUGCAGCUAGUCGAAAUAGCUAUCGACCUUUUGAAAAUAUUAUUAGACCAACUCCGGCCAUGUGGGCAUGGGCAUUACUUGUUUAUUCAAAAUUUCAAGUUGAUAAACAUACAGCUCGUUUAACAGAAGAUCUAAAAUUGGGUCCGGAUGAUUCAUUUUUCGAAUAUAAAUAUUUAAAACCAUUUAAACCUCGUUUUGCUCCAGCUGCCGUUCGUCGUAUUGUACUUCCAUUCGAAGUUGCUUGGAAUAAUCGUACUGGUAUUGAUGCUUUAGAAGAAUGGGUUGUCAAUGGAAUUACUUUCGACAUACCAAAAGAACCAUUACUUCAUGCUAAUUUUUUCGAUGGUACAUUUAAACAUGCCGUUGCAAAUGAACGACCUGGUCGUGUUAACAAUAUUCAUGCUACUUAUAUUGAACAUUUUGAAUAUGGUCAAACCUAUGAAGUAUUGAUGAUUAAUUAUGAUCCACAAUUACAUCCUUGGCAUUUGCAUGGAUAUUCAGUUGAUUUUAUAGCUGCUGGCAAAAUUCCUACUCCACAACUGACUGGAUGUAAUCGAACACGACAAGCUCUGAAGCAAUUUGAUUUUAAUACUAUUUUACCACCUCUUAACUCAACACCGCCUGUCCUUAGUGUAGGCGAUUCAUUUAGUGUACCGCGUGAAAGUUAUGUACUCUUUCGAUUCACUGCGAACAAUCCAGGUCCAUGGACAUUCCAUUGUCACAUGGAAUGGCAUCUUUGGCCAGGCAUGGCUCUUGUCUUUUCUGUAGAACGAAACGGGCGAUAUGAAGGAUUGAUUCAAUCACCAUCAACAAGUUUUCGUAUAUGCGGAAUAAGAAGUCAAAUAUCUUAUAAGUCAUCGACGCCAUUAAUUUCUUCUUCGAAUUCAACUAAACCAUAA